UACAUCCAGCGCUCUGUUCAGAAUCUAAAAAUAAUUGUAUAUACUAUAUGCUAUUCAUAAUUUAAAUUUUCUCUAGGUAUCUUGCAAGUGGUUGUACAUUCACCGAUUUACAUUUCAGUUAUAGAAUAGGAAUUUCAACGGCAAGUAAAAUAGUAGAAGAAGUAUGUACAGCAAUUUGGUAUCUAAUGAGAGAUGAUUUUAUUCCAACACCAACGAAAGAAAUAUGGGAGUUAAUUGCUUCUGGAUUUGAGAAUAGAGCUAAUUUUCCGAACUGCAUAGGAGCCGUCGAUGGCAAACAUAUCCGUUUAACUUGCCCACUUAACAGUGGGUCAAUGUAUUUUAAUUAUAAAGGUUAUAAUUCUAUAGUUCUCAUGGCAGUUGCAGAUUCCAAAUAUCGAUUUGUGUACACUGACGUUGGGAGUUAUGGUAAAGACUGUGAUUCUUCAGUGUUUAAGAGGUCUAGUUUGUGGAAGUCAAUAGAAAAUAAUGAACAACAAUUGCCAGAAGCAAAACCUUUGCCCGGAAUAGACAGUCCAAAACUACCUUACUUCUUCAUUGGAGACGAAGCAUUUGGUUUACAUAAACAUUUACUGAGACCUUUUGGUGGAACACAUCUGACAGUCGAUAAAAGAAUUUUUAACUAUCGACUAUCUAGAGCAAGACGAUUUGUUGAAUGCUCUUUUGGGAUCCUCACAAAUAAGUGGCGGAUAUUUCAUCUACCAAUUAAUGUACAACCAGACUUUGCUGUCAAAAUUGUAAAUGCUUGCAUUGUUUUACAUAAUUUUGUACUUGAGAGGGAUGGAUAUAACGAUUUGGAUACAAUGUCAAUCACAGGUUUGUCAGAUAUAUCUGAUGAGAGUAACGUAAGAGGAGGCCUUACACCAAAUAACAUAAGAAAUACAUUGUGUAAAUAUUUUGUUUCUGACGUCGGAAGUCUACCAUGGCAAAUGUCGAAAAUAUAAACUUGAAAUACCAGUGAAUAUUAUAACAAAUUAACUAAUUUAUAUCGGUAUUUCAAUUUUUUAAUAAACUAAGAGUUU